CUCACUGGGCGGUAAGAUUCAAGUCUAUGCCGCAAACGCUCGAUAGUUUCACGCCUCGCAACUGCCACAGAAAACCUCUUUUUAACCCCUUUAUUCAACCCCUCUUAAGAUUUCAUAAAGAUUUCAUCGUGAUGCUGAUUUCGGUUUAGGCAUCAUACGGUGGAAGAACCAAGAAUAAAGACAAUCAGAUGCUUUCGCUCAUGUUUCCAGUUCUCGAUGUCGACAUGCGGAAACCUUACUACAAGCCGCCAGACACCAAGGAGACACAUCCAGUGAGCGCCCCUGAGGGUCCCUCGAAACACCGAGAGCGUCUGGCCAGAGCGGAGAUGGAGCACCCGAGGAAGCUGGAAGACUUGGCAAAAGCCUACAAGGGCAUGGUAUCUUCCACCUGGACGCUGGACGGGUACUUCCACGAGUUCAUCCAGGAGGAUAGUCUGAACUCCCGGAAUGGUGAUCAAGUCGUCUCACGGUACAUCGCACACCACAUAGAAGAAGAAGAAGAAGAAGCCAAGCGGCAGGCGACGACUGUGAAAGAAGCAAGUGAUACGUCCCUUAAGGUGGACUUGGAUUCCCCCAAGACACCGCACGUCCAGUUUCAAGAAGCCAGCGGUGAGGAAACAACUCCUUCUCAGCUCGAAAGCCAGCAUGACCAGGUGAAAUCUAAGGUUUGCAGAUUGACCGGCCUCAAGCGCAUCUGGUCGGUCCCCCCUCACGAUUCGACGCCAGGUGAGCAGAAGGAAAAGGACGGCGAAACCAGUGACUCUGAGUCUGUGAGAGGAAAAGAUGAGUCUCUCGAUCAUGUCGAGGAUGGACACGGAGCCCAUGGGAAAGGAAUUCCACAGCAAAUCAUCACUGUUCCGCAGCUGUGGCUGUUGCAGGUCGACAAUAUUGUAUUAACGUCAUUUCCCGAGCGAUGGGAUAACAACAUCCUCCCGGAUAUCAUUCUCGAACGACUUAUCGAACUACGUAGGAGAAAAGACGAGAGCGGCCCUGACAAGGCGAUGACUACUGACGACAUCACCAGUGAAAUUGUGGAGGCCUGUCUGGAUUACGAGCCGUCCUUGACGACGUAUAGCGGAGCGCGGAGCUAUCUUGACGCAUUUGGUAUCGAAAUUGCGCAUUUGUCCAACAAAACGACGGAGUGCUACGAAAAGUUCAAGGAAUCGCUAGGUGAAGCUAUCACGGUGUUUCCCGAGGCGAUUAAGGGUGAGACAGAUCACCUUGUCAAGAUUGAUGAUGUGUUGAGCGAGAUCGGAAUGCUUAGAAGAGUACACGAGGAUCAAAUUUACAUCUGCAUGCUGAUAGAAAGGAGUCGUAAUAGCGAUAAAAGCCCGAAGAAAAUGAGCUUCGGGCUUCAUGAGGACGGCGGGGAGUUUGGCUACUAUGAAACGAGACGGCGGAGAACUCAAUUGACGGCUAAGAUAAACAGACUGGAAGCCGAUGCCACGAAAGUCCGACAAUCGAUCCGAACCCUGCUCGACCUGAGGCAACGCCAGGCAACGACUGAGGACGCCAUCGAGUCAAGCAAGCAUUCGGCAAUUCUCUUCGCUCAGUCCAAGGUGUUAUUCAUCUUCACUUUGGCUACAGUGAUAUUUGGACCUCUCCAGUGGGUCACAGGUUUGAUGGGGAUGAAUAUCGAAAACUUUUCUCGCGAGACGUGGUCUCGAGGCGAUGUUGCUGAGGCUUCUGUGGCAGGUGUGUUUGUUACGAUCAUCGUCAGUGUUGUUGGUGUGAUUGUCUACGAUCUUAUUGAGGAGAAGAAGUUGCGGAAGUUUUGGAAAACCUCAGUAAUGGGCUGGUGGCUUAAGCAGGCUGAGACAUGGAAGAUCAAGCGUGUCAAGCAGUAGCGACGCAUGAAGUCAUCUCUCGCUUAUUAUGCUCCAAUGAUGACUCCUAGCGGUAUUUAGGGGAUAUCAUUUUUGUUUUUGUGAGCAUUGCAGCUCAGGGUAAGUUAGAAUCAAGGUCAUGUUGGCCACGGUAGGACGUACUUGUUCGUCUGGUUGGCUGGUGAUUUGGAGGCAAAGAGUCCAGUGGUGGGUGAUAAUCAGGCUUUGGUAUGUCUACGGUGGGUCAAUCCCUAC